UUUUACGGCGACAAUGGAAGCGGCAGUGACGAGCGAGGUUGCUCAGGAGCUUUACACUGAGCUGGAGGAAGAGGUAUACAAUGAGCUGGAGCACUUCGUCGCGGACCCAGCCUUUGCGAGUUCGCUUGCGCGGAAGCAUUCGUCGGGGCAAGCGAGUUCAUGGCUAGCAAAGCUGUGGAGCGGUCACACACCACGUCAAUCGGCGGUAGCAGCUGCUGGGGCGUCGUUGCAUUCAAAGCACGCGGUGAUAUCACAGCCGCUCGCCUCGGAGGGCACCACUCAGCCCGCAAGCGUGAUGGAGGCCUCCACGUCUCAAGCAGCCGACGCUGACAAGGCGCUAGACGCAAUGGACGGCGACGGGUUUGUGCUGGUGGACAAGCACGACGCCGUGGAGUGCUUGGCCUUCUACAUCGCGGCGUGCAUCCAGGACCUCCCCGAGGCGCAGCAAAUGACUCCCCGGCAGCUACAGCUCGCGCUUGUGGAGGCCCUGCGGAACCUAAAGCGCUCACGGCUUCAACGAAUGUGCGCGUGGGGCCGUCGCGUGUACUGCUGGAGCACCUACACCUACAGCGCUGUGCAGAUGUACCAGAACCCCUGGCUAAUGCGGGCGCUCUUUACUGCGCUCUGGGCGGCAUCGCGCGUGUCCUUGCGCAUGCUCUUGUGAGAUUCUGCUUUAUGACGCUUCAGUGCGGUGUGGCUUUGCCACGACGUGUUGUCCAGGUAGCAACAACCUAGUCGGGCUGGUGCUCUGCGGCUCUUCGCUGCCGCUGGCCGGGAACUGUCAAACCACGUACUAGUGCACAAAUUAUGUAGUGCGUGUUUGCAGCCUGGGCUUGUUCAAGUAAGGCCACGAUAAACAUGUGCAGCAGCUGGGAUGUUGAGUGAUGCUUUGAUUUUUCUCGAUGCCAUGCCCUGUAUACGCUAAUGAAUUCUGGCAUGUGAGACUUUUACAAUGUAUGAUUCGGUCUGGGUCUGGCUGUGGUGUGAUGAGCUGUUCAGGCCUAGCUAUCUACCUGCGGUUUUGUCAGCACUCGCCAUCUUACACCGUUCAAGUUCAUGCCAUCCAGCACCUGUAGUAGAUAGAUUAUGGACGUUGAUCGAUGUGUCCGGUGGAGAGCACAGACAGCCUCGCUCGGCGUAGAUGAUGUACACCAGAAGUUUUUUUUUCUGCGUACGUUGGGCAGGAUUGUUGGCCGCAAGUGGAAGGCAAACAUGCCAGAACAUGUACGGUAUGCUCAUGCAAACGCCGCCUUCCUUGCCCGUACGUGCUAGUGGCCAGAGCGCUGUACAACCUUGCAAACGCGCUAAACACAGGUUGCGUGUAUGUAACGAUUGAUUGAAUGCAGGCGUAUGUAGGGGAACCAGAUGAAUAGGAGCGGGCAUGGAAUGACGUUUGCUUCUGUUUUCUGAGUUAUAACUGCCAGUGUGCAAACUUCACGCACCUCGCUCAGCAGGUGUGCAGGUAGGAUCGAUUCACCUGAGUA